CUGCUCGGCUCCUUUCGGCAGAGCAGAUUUUCGCUGUCGUCGUCUCCCUCGUCCUCCUCUCCGUGUUGUUGUUCUCGGUGACGCGACGGAGGUGUAGCCUGACGCGGUCUCUUACGUGUCGGUCUGAAUAAAAGUGGAGCUCCGUAGACCCGGGAGUGACGAAGCGAGUCUGUGUUGAUUUUAAAUGACCAUGGAGGCUGGUGCAGACACACAGCAAAGUGGUGAAACGGCUGUUUCUGAGUCUGAGGCCCAGCAGAUCACACUGGCACAGGCGUCCAUAGCAGCAGGCCAGGUGACAUCCAGUAGUCCCACAGUCACCCUAGUGCAGUUACCGAACGGUCAGACAGUCCAGGUGCACGGAGUGAUCCAAGCUGCUCAGCCGUCUGUCAUCCAGUCGCCACAAGUCCAGACAGUACAGAUUUCGACCGUUGGUGAGAGCGAGGACUCUCAGGAAUCCGUAGACAGUGUGACAGAUUCUCAGAAGAGGAGAGAGAUUCUGUCCAGACGGCCUUCUUACAGGAAGAUUCUGAAUGACUUGUCGUCAGAUGCUCCAGCAGUGCCUCGAAUUGAGGAAGAGAAGUCGGAAGAUGACACAGCCCCUGCCAUCACCACAGUCACCAUGCCCACUCCCAUCUAUCAGACCAGCAGCGGCCAGUACAUUGCCAUUACCCAAGGCGGGGCCAUUCAGCUGGCCAAUAACGGCACAGAUGGAGUGCAGGGCCUACAGACGCUCACCAUGGCCAACGCCGCCGCAGCCCAGCCCGGCGCCACCAUCCUACAGUACGCUCAGACCAGUGACGGGCAGCAGAUCCUAGUGCCCAGCAACCAAGUGGUUGUACAAGCUGCCUCUGGUGACGUCCAGGCCUAUCAGAUCCGCACAGCCCCCACCAGCACCAUCACUCCCGGGGUCGUCAUGGCAACCUCGCCUGCGCUAGGCGCCACCGGAGCCACCGAGGAAGUCACGCGCAAAAGGGAGGUCCGACUGAUGAAAAACAGGUAAGCGUGCUGCUUCAAAACUGUCGU